AUGGAUGCAGCUAGUUGUGGACCAUCCAGUGCGUUACAGAACUUGAAUAAACAUACUCAGAGAGAUACAUCGCUACAGCAUCAAAGGAUUACGGGUCAACUGCAACAACAUGGUAUACAUCAAUUUAGACAAGGUCACAAUAUCGAUAGUAAGUUGAAUCAAGAAUUUCAAAACUUCAAUCAGGAUGCAGGUGGGAACGAUUUCGCUGGCCAGUUUAUUGGGAUGAACCGUCCUUUGUUGCAGACGAAUGUGCCACAUGCCCUACAACAACAACACCAGCAACGUGGGUGGAUUCAAGACUUUUCAAAGAUGAGUAUCGAUCAGGGACAGCAGCCGAUGCAGCAACAGCAACAUGUGCAAUCGCAAAGAAUUCAGAAUGACUGGCUGGGACAGUUUGCACAACCGGGGGGCUUGUCACUUCAACAACAACCACAACCACAACAGGUUGCACAACCUAAUCGGCAAUUUCAAGUGAAUCCUAGCUACUCGUUAGGUAGAAUACAAAACACAGGGGGGCUAUAUAUGAACCCUGCUGUGGCUGCUCCAGUUCUGGUUCCUCAGUUUAACCAGCAGUCGGAACACCAACAAGCUCACAAAUUUGAAGAUCAACAAAAACAGUUUGAGAAUGAAUUUGAUGCGAUCGAGAAGGAAUUGCAACUGGAGUCACAAGUACAACGAGAUGAUUCAGGUAAGGAUAUUUUUGCUGAAGCAGCGAGAAAAAUAGAAAAGACUAUGAAUUCGUUUAAUACCAAUGAUUCUGAAAUGGCUAAUAAAUUUCAAAAUUCGGAAUUCUUAAAGCUAAUGAGCUCGAUUGGCGGGAAAAAAGUUGAAUUACAGGAUAACAAACUUGUUAAUGUAGAGAAUCAACAAGAUAUAAGGGAACAGCAAGAUUCACUUGAUAGUAUGCCUCAUGAGUCAUCAUCUUCUACCGUGAAUCAAGGCAAGUUUCAAAAUAGUUCAAGUAUAGAUUAUCAUGAACCUAUACAUAACCACGACCAUCAUCAUCAUUUUGAUAACGAUGAAUGGAGUAGUGAGCAAAUUCCCAACUUGCCGCUACCAUCUGGCAUAAGCAGUAAGCAACAAAAACUUGAAAAGGAGUCUCAACCGCCAAUACAGCAGCAAGAGGAGAAUAGAUUACCAGAUCCGCUUGCACAUAUAUCCGUUGGUCAAUUAGAGGGCAUUACAGAUCCACUUGCUGCGGCUAGAAUAAUUAGUGGUGGCCAAGUUCAAACAAGAGAUUGGGUUGAUGGAGAUGAUGAUUGGUUAACUCAAGAUAUGCCUACAUUAGCACUGAGACCUAGACCAUGGAGGAAGGGACAAAUUGUAGAUCACCAUUGGGACGAAAUGUAUCGUGAUUACAGACACGAUGACGACUAUAAUUGA